AUAUUCUCGCAUUUCGCCAAAGAUGUCCUUUCUUUCAAAGUACUGCGCAUAGACAUAAUAAAUACUAUUCGUAAAUAGUAUUUAUUAUGUCUAUGGUUAUAUCUACUUGGAGGAAACAGAAGUGAAGCGGAAGUUAUUUUCAGAGCUAAUGGCGCGAAUGACUGGAACACGGCUUCACACACAUAGGUUUUCUAAAUAAAAUACUGACAGAUUAGCAAAUGAAUUAUCCUGCUGUCUUAUACAAGAGUUGUUUCUAUGUGUGUCAGAAGUGAAAAAAACAAAAAAAAAACAAAGGAGAAAUGAGAUCAAAGUCUUUUAGAAAUUAGUUUUAAUCGUAAUCACCGCGCAGCAGCGCAAGACUUUGCUUCUGUCUCGCGAUUAUAUGUCACCAUGUCAAAAGGCAACAAGGAUGCAUAUGUUGUGAAAUUUGUUGAACGCAAUGGACAGAAGAGUGAUCUGGCUCGCCAGGCCCAUAAGGCAAUAGUGGAACUGCAGUCAGAGAAAUAUGUGCAGACGCUGGAUGAGGAAGCCACACUAGAGCUGGACCACAAUGACAAGUCCCUGUUUGUUUUCAGUGACUUCACCAGCAAUGCCUUUAAGCACUGCAGGAGGCUGGGAUGCAGGAUCGUGAGUCCUCUGGUAGUGCUGUUCUGUCUGCAGAAGCAGAGAUGUGUGCCCAAAGCAGAGCAGCCUGUGUACAGCAUGGCCAUGGCUGAUGUCACCGUCUCCUGCACCAACCUUGACAAAGAGGCACGGAGCGAAGUGAUGGAUCUUGUCCAGCUGAUGGGUGGACGAGUCUACCGUGAUCUCAAUGUUUCUGUUACUCACCUGGUGGCAGGUGAAGUGGGGAGUAAGAAAUACCUGGUGGCCGCAAGCCUUGGGAAGCCCAUCCUUUUGCCCAGCUGGGUGAAAGCAUGCUGGGAAAAGUCUCAGGCUAGGUAACAUCUACAUUAGUGUUUCUCAAUGGGGGCAGCAUUCAGAUAGCAUCGGGGGGCGCUGGAAGCAAUAUUUUUG